AUGGGCAAACACGGGGAAAAUCAAGAACCGCGUCAAAAAUGGAUCGAUAUUCAAUUGCACACGUUUUCAAAUUGGGUUAAUGAACAGGUAUGUUUUUUUUGAAAUUUUAAUCAUAAUUAGGAGUUAGUGUGACUUAGUUAGAAGUGACUUCUUAUUUUUGUUAUACUUUGAUGUACUGUUUGACCUGCCAGUCAUUCCCAUAUUUGCCUAUCCACUUCUACUUUCAAAACACACACACACGCACAUUUAUAAGUAUAUAUAUUUAUUGUAAAAUCAAUAAAUUAUUGUUUAAAUAAACAAAUUUAGGAUAAUAUGGGAAAGUUUUGAAACUCAACAAAAUCAAUAAUUUUUCAGCUUCAAUCACAUGUAAUCAAAGAUCUAACGCUGGAUCUAUCCGAUGGUGUAAAUCUCAUUAGAUUAGUCGAAGUUCUCCAAGGUCGCAGAUAUUAUGGAAAAGUAUAUGAUCAUGAGCCAACUGAAAUCCAAAGAUUGAUGAAUGUUCAAAUGGCAUUAGAUGCUUUGAGAGAAGACGGUGUGAAAACUGUAAAUAUUGGAAGUCAUGAUAUCGUUGAUGGAAAUGAAAAAUUGAUACUGGGCCUUAUUUGGUGUUUGGUGCAGCGAUAUCAAAUUGCGUGUAAGACGAAAAUUCCGCCAAAGAAAUUGGUGAUGGCUUGGAUGCAGAGUGUUUUGCCAGAAUUGAAGUUGACCAAUUUUCGGACGAAUUGGAAUGAUGGAGUGGCGCUGAGCGCAUUGUUAGAAUAUUGCCAACCUGGAUUAUGUCCGGAAUGGAGGAGUUUAGAUCCGUCGAAGGAGUGAGUUUUUAUUCGAUUUUCUGCCAAAAAAGUAUCUUUGACACCUCAUAUCUUUUUUACUUUGAGAGUAAAACAAAAUCUGAACUUUCUCAGCGUACCAAUAUCUAUUGAAAAUUAUAUUUUUUAUUUCGAAAAUAAACAUCUAGUUCUACUGUAACAAAUGCUCUUUUUGAAUAAAACCCCAAAACCAUGAAUAAUAUAUUAGUCAUUCACUCCACUUCUCUCGUCGCCCAAGUGGCGCAGCUGGUAGAGAAUUAGUCUCCCAAGCGGAAGAAAUCGAGAAUAUCAAGAGUUCGAUCCCCACGGGGAAAAAAUAUCUUGAUUUUAUUUUUUUUUUGAAAAUCUGGUUUCUGACUAAUUUCGACCUCCUGAUCAACGUGGACAACUUUAUUUUUGAUCUAGACGUUCCUGUGACAAGUUAUCACGUGGCAAAUUUUACUUUUAGGGAAAAUUAUAUGAAAAAGUUUUACGCUUAAAAAUAUAUAUACAAAUAGCCCAUUUUGCAGCCUCGAAAACUGUGACCGAGCAUUAUUCCUCGCUGAAAAAUAUCUGGAAAUCCCUCGAAUCCUCUCCGCCGAACAUUUAUCAUCUCCACACCUGGACGAACUCUCAUGCCUCACAUAUCUAUCAUAUUUCAUCACAAAAGGUGCACCAGGAUAUCAUGCGACUCUCAAAAAAGUGCACGAUCUUCUACCCGAUUGUGAAGUCGACGAUUUGGAACAUUCAUGGAGUGAUGGAUAUUUGCUAUCAUUAUUGGUUGAAGUAUGCGGUGGAAGUGUUCCUGAGUUACCUGAAAUGGAUUUUCGAAAUUAUACGAAUUUCCCGGAAAAUGUUGCGAUUGCUUUGAAUGCUGCUGCAGAUAUUGGAAUUGGAUCUCUUAUUGGAGCUGAUGAUAUUGCUGAUCCCCAGGGAGAACAUUUAGGUAAUCAACCUAUUCCAUGACACGCAUCGGCUCCAAAUUGGUUAUCAGUUUUGUUGUUUCAGGUACUAUGGCGUUGGUUGCGGCGCUUUGCUCAAUUCCACUGGAACGAAAGGUCAAAAUGACUGAUUGUUAUGUCAAUCAGCAGGUGAAUUUGGAUUUGGCGUUUUCGGAUGGAAGUGAGAUUAGAAUGGAAGAUUUGAAUGUUAGAGGUAUGCAUGAACAUUUGAAAUUUGAAAUCUCAUCUUACACAUUUUGAAUAAAAAAUAAUUCUAAAUGUUUGUCGAAAAUUAUUGAAUUUGAAAAAAAAAUUAGAUCAUAAAGUGAUUUUGGAAAAAUUGUUUGCAUGAAAAUGUGUAUUAUCAAUUUCAAAUCUGACUUUUAGUCACAAAAAUUUCCAAAAAAAACUUUCGGAACUUUUUCUUGAAAGUUAUUUAGUUAAAGCUCAAAGAGCAUGUUCUAAUUAGUAAAAUUAUUUUUAAAAUUUCAAAUUUCGAAAAAACAGUGAAACACCGUGUAAAAUGUCUUGAAAUUCUAGAUGUACAGUAGUUUGUAGCUUCUCUUUUCCAAUUUUUAUGAAAAUUUGUCAGGAGACAGAAUUUUGAAUUGAAAUUUUGAAUUUUUCGACAAUUUUCAGGUGAAUUUUCUGAUGUUUGUACAAGUUCAUUAUUCUAAAAUUCAAAAUCCAUUUAAAAAUGUUCAAUUUUCAACGAUAAAACUCUCAAUUUUUCCAGUUAUCGGACCAUAUGGUGAUGUUCUUUCAAAUGAACAUCUGCGACUUCGUAAAAGUCGCACAACUCACGGAGCAGUUUUAUCGCUCAUCCCAGAACUUCCCGGAGUACAUCAGGUAUUUUUUUUCCUCAUUUUCGAAAAAAAAAUCAAAAAUCAAUGUGUUCCCAUCGAAAAACGCAUCACAUUAUGAAACUUUAGCAAAAAAAAUGUGAGAAAAUAUACAAUUUGACAAAAUAAUUCUAUAGAAUUGUUCGUCUCGGCAAAUAUAAUAAUAGAAAUAGAAAUAGAAAUAAUACUGGUUCGGGAAACAAACCUGGAAUUCCUUGCUUUUUUGUCAUCAUAUUCAAUUGUUGAGUUGAAAACUAACUAUGAAAGUCAAGGUUAAAACCAAAAUAGAGGUGAGUUUCCGGCAAAAUAGAUGAAAACCUUGAAUUUUAUUAGCAAAAUGGAAUCAAACCACAUCAAAUCGAGAUUAGAUUGUGAAAAAGAUAGAUUUCGGUUUUUCCGUUUGACAAAAUUUUAUUUUUUUAUUUAAAAAAAUGCGGCUUUAUGAGUCACUAUGUCAAAGGACCAACCUAUUGUUCUCUUUUUUUUUUGAAAAAAAAUUAAUAAAUAAUUUUUUGGUUAGUACCAAACAAAAAACAGUAAUCUCAUAUUGAACACUAGUUUUGUUUUUAUUUUAUUUUAUAACAUUCAUUUGAUGUUUGGGGUUCUCAUAUUUUAUUGAUUUUGAAGUUGAUUGGGUGGUCUUGAAAUAGCUGAUUUUCUACUAGGAUUUCAGAAACUCUGAAAUAAGGUUUUGUAUUUGAAAUUUGGAAUUAUAUAUCUGUAGAAAAACUUACAUAAGGCCACACUAAAUUUUGAAUCAUCCUUCCAGAAUUUUGAUGAAUGUUUUUCAGAAAUAUUUUCAGAAGUUUUAAGUUGGAAAUAUUUACGGUUGAAAUUUUUUUGAAUUAGAUAAUAAAAAAAAACUAUCAUAAAUUCAGAAUGAAUUUAGAUCAUAUUCAGGAAGUCAGAAUAAGUAUCAGAGUAACCUUUUUAGACUUCUUCUAACUUCCUUUAAAAAUCAUCAUAAAUUCAAAAUGCAUUUGAAUUGAAUGCAGAAAUUCCGAUUUAGCAAAAGAACAUCAUAUUCAAUAUCAUAAUGAACGAGUUUUAAUAAAUUCAGAAAAAUUUGUCAAUGGUUCCUGAAAUAUUCUAAUUAUCCAUAAUAAAAUUUAAAAAAAUCUCAUGCUAAAACCUGUUUUGUAAACUCUAAAGAUCAUUCUAUUCACCAGACUUACUAAUCUGUGAAAAUCAUGCAGAUGUUCUCAAAAAGAAACUGUUACCCUAAAAAAAGUAACUUUAUGGUUUUCCAAUACAUAUUGUCCUGUUCACUUUUUCAUCUACAAAUUUAAUUUUAUUUGAAAAUGUCCUUUCCAAAUACAAUUUCUUCUUUCUUCUUCAUCAUCAAUUUUUCCAAGCCGUUCAUUGGCGAAAAAUCGCAACGAACGAACACCGCAAUUGUACUACUCUUACAACACAGCCAGAAUAAUAUCCUUUCCAUCCGGUUUUCCGUGUUUCUCUCUCUCUCUGCCUCUCCAAUUUCUCCAAACUCUCUCACUCAUUUUUAUUCAGCGUAUGCAUGUAUAUUAUGGAUACCUUGACCUGCCUGGGCCACGGGCGACAAAAAAAAGAUAGUUCAUUUAUAUUGUUAUUGUUGUUGUUGUUUUUCGAUUAUUGUAGUGCAAUUAUUCUCCAUCUUCAUCAUUUUUUUUCUUUUCGACCAUUUAAGUGACCAGUUAUUAAAAGAUUCUGGAUUUUGCAGACUUUUUUUUGACUUACCCAGAGAAGCUUAUUGCUUGUUUUGAGGAUUUUCGGAAAAUUUUAUAAUUUUAAUAUUUUUUGGUUGGAACACCUAGAAGAUUUUUUUUUGGUAUUUUUUGAAUAAUGUCUCAAGGGACACGGACUUUUCUAGAAGUGUGGAGUAAUAUUUUUAGACCACCCAGAUUUUUUUUUAAAUUGAUGAGACCAAUUUUGAAAAUAUACAUAUUGUCGAGAAAUUUAAUUUUUUUUUCUCGAAAACGAUUUCUUCUGAAACCUGGAUGUCUCAAAUAUUUUAAUGAUUAAAAUGAUUUUGCAACUUGAAAUAAAACUUGUUCCAUUCAUAUUGUCUUGAUUUUGUCUGAAAAUAGUAGAAAUUCCACAAAACACAAUAAAAAACAAGUUCCCCCCUCCUUCCCCCUAAAUUUUUCUUCAAAAAUACCAUUGAAAAACCUUGACCUUCUUGGUUCAAAAUUUUUUCAAAAAAAAUAAAAAAUAAAAUAAAAGAAGAUAAACUGAUUAUCACGGACUGACUGACACUAUCAAUUUCCACCGAACCGUUUGAUUGAUCUAAUUAUGUAUGCUCGAGGAAAAAAGGAUUUUUUACAGGUUCGAAUCUAUUGUCAGGGAUCGGAGCUGCCAGCGAGCCCGAUUUCGCUGCAAGUUCACACGCAACAACAAACGCGCAGCACAUCUCGCGCAACUUCGCAAGCAUAUCCGGAAAAUCGUGUCAAAACCUCGACAUCGACAAGUGUUGAAAGGGGAGUGGUGACGACUGAAUCAGAAGUGAGCAGUUUUUUGAUUUCCAACAAAAAUCGGAGCAUGAAAAUAUUUCAGGUCGACAUAUCACAUCAAUCAUUUGCCAAUCGUCGUUUACAUAUCAUUAAACAAUUGGAGCAGCAACACACAAAUCAUAUUGCUCAGGUUAGAGAUUUUUUGGAAGAAUUGGGGGUGAAUGGGUCAAGAUUUUAUAAAGCUAGAACUUUUUUCAAGAAUUCAGGGAUUUGAAAAGUUUUCUUAAAUUUCAUUUUAACAAUUAGCAAUUUUUUUUUCAAAACCACAUGAUUCCUCAUUUAAAAAAAUUAGGGGUACGGUAUAAAUAAUGUUUUAUUGGAGAAUUUUAUGAUAUUUUUAUUGAAAAAUAUAUUUUUCUUGAUAUUUUCUUACUAUUUUUCCUAUUUGAAACUUCGGAUAAUCCUUCAGUUUUAGCCCAGACUUUCAGCCAAAUUUUAAAUUUUCAUAAAUCGAGUUGAGACUCAUUUUGUAGCUCUUGAAAUUGUCUACAAAACACAGUAACAUUUUAUUUUCGAAAUUUUCAGAUCUUGGCUGAAAAUCCGGGAUGAAACCUAGGAUCUCUGUAGGCUAAGAAUAUUGAAGGCUUUGAAAUGAUUACAGAAUUUUUUUGAGUGAAUCUUUGAACUUCAAAAAUUUUUUAGAAAAUAGGAAACACUUUCAAUUUUUUGUUCUAAAUCCUAAAUUUGCUCCCCAAAACGCCCGGCUCACAUUCAGAUUUCAAAUCUCCAAGUUUUUCUCUUCUCCUCAUUUCACCACACAUUUUUUUGUGUGUCUCAAAAUAUUUGCCCAACAACAACCCGAAAAUAGGAAGUAGCGACCUUGAGAAAGUGACAACAAAACUGUUCGCGUAUCGUUUCAAAAAACAAUAAAUUUUUCGUAGUUGCGAUUAAUAAUCAAUCACUACUCCCCCCAUUUUUUUUCGUCAUUUCCAAAAAAGAGAGAAUUUGUUUCUUUUUCUCUUAUUGUCAAAAUUUUCAGCGCCUCAAUUUUUUCAGACAAAAUCUACCGCCACUUCUCAAAAAGAGGAAUUUUCAAGUUCUUCGAGUCAGGUGAGUAAUAAAUGACUCAACAUUUUUUUUGUAGAUUAAAAAAAAUACCUAUUGAAAAUGAGAAAAAAUUAAUUUAUAUUUUUUUUUGUUGGCCAAGUGCCAUGUUUAUUGAUAAAAAAAACCACUAUCAAACACAGUUGUAUUAUUUAUAUGUUUUUCAUUUUUCCUAAGCCCCCUAUUAUUUUUUUUCGUCGUCCAAAUUUUUUUUAUCAAAAAAAAAAUACAUAAGACACUGUGUUUUUUUAAAUUCAUUAUGUAUUUAAAUUUUCAGAAGACAACAAAUUUGAAUAAUAUUCCUCCACCACCACCAAUUCCAUCGACACUUGAAGCUUCAGCUUUCAAAGAAAUGCCUUUGACUAGGUCGCCUGAUGUUGGAUUAGUGUCAUUUUCGGGUUUGAGUGAACCAUGUUCGGUUGGAUCAAUUGUUGAAGUUGUUGUGAGUUUUUUUUGAGAGAGAAGGUUCAGGGGAAAUUUUAACUAGCUAAAAAAAUUUAGAGUAAGCUCUUUGAUCUACUCUAAAAAAAUUUUAUUUUCAUUUCCAACUAAAGUUCUCACAUCUCGAACAAUCUGAAAAUUUUCAAAUUAUAGAACUCGAACUCUAGUAAUCCUCCCCGCAAACAAAAAUAUUUUUCAGAUAAAUGCACACGGCGACGCCGUCUCCGGCAACAUUUACGUCGAAGCAGUUUCACCGUCCUCCACAGUUCACCCAUGUUCAGUUCGCCACCAAAACAACUCGUAUAUGGCGACAUUUACACCACAAGAAGUUGGUAAGUGACCCCUCUUUUUUAUUAUUACAUAUUUGCCGAUUAUAAUCAAAGAAGACAAGAAACUUAGGCGAGCGGGGCGGCGGGAGGUCAAACACAUAUUUAUUUGAUAUUUUAUGACAUUUGUUCGCAAAUCGGUGAUUGAUAAUUUGAAUAUUUACAUACAUGAAGGGAUUUUCGGAAAAAAUAUAAUUUUGUAUAAAAAUAGUGAUGGGUAAAAAUUGCUGAUUUGACUGAUGUCAGCUUUUUUUUCGGAAAUGAUUUUUAUUUUUGAAAUAUCAACAAAAAAUUUUCGAUAAGAAGAAGGUUAGGCAAAGAUCAUACAAGGGUUGGGAUUUUUAGAAAAUCCUAACCCCUGUAUAAAUCGAAUGGAUUAUUUUCUUGGAGCUGUUUCUUUGAAGUUAGUUUCACAAAAAUCUUUUAACAAAAUCAUAAAUAUUUUUAAAUAAAUUUUCAAAAAAGAAAAAAAUCUGAAUCUGAAAUAAUUUUAAAAAAAAUCUUUCUGAAUUUCUGUAAACAUACAAAAAAUCUGAUAUUCAAAGUUCCAUUUCACAAAAACAAAAACCCACAAACUUACGUGUUCAGGUCUUUGGCGUAUUGGUAUUCUUUACGAUGGUGAACACAUCCGAGGAUCACCAUUCGCCUGUCAAGUAUUCGAUGCUUCUCUCGUCAACGUAUAUGGUCUAGAUGUUGGACUCGUUGGUCAAGAACUCCGAUUUUCAGCCAACACAAGUCAAGCGGGUCAUGGCAACCUUACUGUGAGUAUUGUUUUUUGAAUUGUCUUAUCUUGAUUAUUAAUCUCUCUCAGUUACCUUCAAGAACAUUUUUAUUAUUAUUAUUCUUAUUCAUCUUUCUCAUUUUCUCUAAUUCUCUAUCUAUAUGAUUUUCGAUGAUGAGACCGAUUUUUGUCCGACACAUUCCUUUCAUAUCUUCUGCUGUCUAUGUGGUCAUCACCUAAAUUAUGAAUCAUGUUUUAUGUUUUAUUUAUUUGUUGUUGAUUUUCAUAUUCAAGAAUUAUUUUUUUCUAGGUUUCGGUGCAAAGACACGGACGUGAAAUACCAGUGACUAUUGAAGAGCAGCCGAAUAAGAAAGUUCAAGUUUCGUUUGUUCCCGACGGAGCUGGACAAUAUACAAUUCACGUGUUUUUUAACAGAAUGGAUAUUAAAGGUUAGUGACCGACAUUUUUUGGGUUUAGAAAUUAACAGUCUUUCAGAAUCCAGAAAAUAAAAGGGUUUAGAUUUUGAUUAGAUUUUGAACUUUUUUUUCUGGUAAUCUUUUUUUGCGCCUGAAAAUUUUAUUUUCCCUGAACCCCUUUAAAUUUCAAAAAACCCUUUAUUUCCGAACAGAACUUACAUUUUGAGUUCAAUUAAAAAAUUUAUUUUCUAGAUAAUUGAAAAUUUUGUUGAAAAUAUUUGGACGCUUUGAAAUCUGGAAACUUUUCUAGAAUUUUCGGUUUUUUUUCUUGUUGUUUCAAAGAUUCGCUGAAAAUUUUUAAUAAGAAAAAUUUCCCACACAUUAUUUUCAUAACCAUCAUAUCACACUCUGAGAAAAUUCCCAACGCCCAUAUUUUCCAGGUUCACCGUUCAUCCUGGAUAUCGCAGAUGCCACAUCGGUUUCAGUAUACGGUGAAAAUUUGCGUUCAGCUUCAGUCGCAAAAUUAGCCACAUUUUUGAUUCAUGCAGUUGGAGCAGAAACCAAAGAUAUCUCGGCAACAAUUACAGGUUUUUUUUAUUUUUUUCCUUUAUCUUUGACUAACUGGAAUGUUGUUUGGUCCCGUUUUAACCUAACUUACAUGUGCUUUUCUUAUUUUUCAAACAAAAAUGCAUGAAAAUUCCCUCAAAUAUUUUUCGAAAACAAAAAUUAGAUCGCUAAGUGUCCAUGUCUUCUCAUUUCUAUGUCUUUAUAUGUUCAAUAAGUUAAGGUAGGUAUAUUUUAGAUACAUUAACUAUUUGUUAAGUUCAAUUUUUUCAGCCCCAUCUGGAAAUUCAUUCCCAGCCAAAAUUGUUAGCCUUGAUGACGUAACAUAUCAAGCUGAAUGGAGCCCAAAAGAACCAGGUAAUUUUUAUUCAAAAAUUUUUUUGAAAAAAAAAAGAAACUAAUUUGUUGUUUUCGGGCGUUAUCAUAGGCGUGCCCUGACAUUUAGAAGAAAAUGACGAAAAUUCCCCCGCGCCUAUUGAAUAUCUUCAUCUUUUUCUUUCCCCUUUUUUUGUUUUGGUUGAUUGUUGGGGUGAUUUGGAAUUUUUUAUUUAUUGCUUUGGCUUUUCAGAAUUUUUUUCUGCAAAAAAAAUAGUUUCAGAAAAUUUCGAACCUCAAAUUUUUUUGCAAAUCAUGAAAAAUCCUCUAGACCUCCCAUAUUUUUUCCUAAUUUUUCAAUAUUUUUUUGAUGAAAGCUCAUGAAAAUCAGACCACUUACUAAUAAAUAUUAAAAAAACUUGAAACUUCUAGAACUCAAUUUUUUCUCUGAAGAAAAAAAACUAGAUUACUGUAAUCCCUGAAAUUUGUAUUUUUUGGAAAAUGUAGCUUUACGAAAUUCUCACUUUACUUUUUUCAUUCAACUGAAAAGCUUUACUUUUCUGCUUACUUCUGAAAUUUAUGAAAACGAUCUAUAUUUUUCUAAUUUUGAUAAUGUCUGGAAGUGAGAGUGAAAGUGAGUUACUAAAGUCUUUGCUGUAAAUUUGAAAAAUUCGAAACAUUUUUGAAAAUGUUAUCAUCAAACUUUUGAACUUUUUUUUAAACAAUAAAAAUCAACUUCCUCAAAAAGUUCUUGUUUUUUUCAUCUGACUACACAAAACAAAAUUAAUAAAAUAAUAAAUAACUUUUUCAAAAAGUACAUAUGUUUUUUUGUGUCAUCCAAUUCAAAUAAAACCUAUUUGUUGAUUGUGGCGAGGAAAACGAAUACCUGUUUUAUGUAUUAGAUGGCAUUGAAAACAAAACAAUUUUUUUUUGUUCAAUUUUUUUCAUAUAGCAUUAUUAAAACUUUUAUUAAUAUCUAGAUUAGUUUCAAAUUAUUGUUCAUUUUGAUUUUAUCAUUUUUGAUUGUGAGUAAUAAAAAUUCCUUAGAACCCAGUCCAAUCAAAAAAAAAAAAUAAAAAUAAAAACAAAAACAAUAUUUACAUUUUUUGACAAUCCAAUCCUCUUAGAAAAGGUACAAAUCAGAUAACAAUCUUUCUCCAAAAAAAAGGCCAGUUGGAAUCUGUACAUAGAUUUUUUCUCGAGAUACUUUUUCCAACAUUUUUUUGUGUCUCCUUUAGGUUUUUUUUAUUCACAUAUACUAUUUAAUGACCUAACUAAACAUAUUCUUAUCAGUUUUUUUGUUGUUUCUCUCACUCUAGUAACAUUUUUUUUCUUUACAGGUGAACACAGUGUUGAUGUGAUGCUUGCCGACCAACACGUCGCCAAUUCGCCGUUUCCGUGCAAUGUUGGUGCGCCGGAUUUGGUGCAUGUCAGAAAUAUGCCACGACGAAUUUCGCCGGCUAAAUUGAACACUGAUCAUUCAUUUGAGAGUGAGUUGUUGUUUUUUUUUUUGGGAGUUUCGGGAAAAUUGUAGACAAUGAGUCAGUAUGAUUCAUUGGAAGAUUGCAAACUUUUUUUUUUCUUUUGUUUGAAUAUUUGAUUUCCGAUGUUUUUUCCGGUUGCAUUAUUGAUUUUUUGAUUCAUUUUUCAAAUGGACCACCCAGGGUCUCAGAUUUAUGGCCCCGGAGAUUUUCUAUGAGACAUAGAUUUUUUCAGUUUUUUUUACGCUGAAAAAAGACCUUGUUUUCAGUUUUAGCUGAGAGAAGAGCCCAAAAUCGAGAAUUUUUGAGAAUUCACGUUUUUAAGAGCCCGUAACUCAUGUUAGAAAAUAUUUUAUCAAAAACAGAGUACAGGAGAUUUGAUUUACCAAAGUCAAAGGUUUUGAAAAAAAUUUUCAAAUAUGCAAUUAUAUUUUCUGAGCCACAAAAUGUUUUUUUUUUUUCUGAAAAAUUAUGGAUUUUCUAACCAAAAUUUUUUGACUCUGGUAAAUCAAGAAUUCAGUUUUUCAUAAAAAUCAUCUCUAACAUGAGUAACUGUCUCUCAAAACCACGAAAUUUCAAAAAUUCUCCACUUUUGGCUCAUUCUUGGGCUCUUCAGAGAUUUGCCCAGCAAAAACUGAGAACAGGAUCUUACUCAGCGUGAAAAACUGUACAGAAACAUCAGUGAAAAUCUACGGGGACCAUAACACACUUCCCUCGUUAGUUAAUAAUUCAAAACCACCCAGUUAGAACAAAUUCUAUGUUUCUUUACCUCUGUUUCAAUUAUAUUAGACCACCCUGUCUACUGAUCUUUAUGAAUGUGUGAUCCAAGAAAACUUGAGAAUAUUUUAUUUUCCACCAAAACCUUCCCACAUGUCAGCAAAAUGUCACUUUAUAAAUUAAAACAAUAAAUAACAAAUGUUAUGAUUUUGUCUCCACUCGAAACCUAUAAAAUCUCAUUGUUUUUCUCUACCCCAAGUGCUCUUACCUCUCAAAAAAAAUGAAAGAAGAAAAAAAAUAAAAAACAUUAACAAAAAUAUUUCUCUGUUUCUUUUUUUCUAUGCAUUUUAAAAAAGAAAAGAAGCAGUCAGGAUAGUCAGAGAUAGAGAAAGAACCAAAACAACAAUUUUCUUUCACCAAAAAAUGCACUAGACAAUUCUUGUACUUCUUCUAACACUUCAAAUACAUUUAUGGAACAAGAUGACUGAUUUCACAUAUACAACCGGUUAGUUUUCAACACAAAAUCUAAAUUGCAAAAAAAUGGCCUAGUGGCGAAAAAAAGAGAGCACUGGAAUGUUUGUUUGUUUGUUUACCUUUGUACUGGUGCCGUUUUUUUUCAUUCAGUUUUGUAUCUUUGAGAGGCAAAAGUGGUUGAAAGCUGACUAUUUGUAUGAUCUGCUGAAUGCCGGCUUCGCUGAGUUUUUUUUUCUGUCGAGUUUGUUUAACUUGUUCGUAAUGUUGGCUUGAAACAAUGGUGCUGAUCAAUACGAUUUUUGUGUUGUAAAUUAAUUUUUGCAAGUUUUUUUUGCUGAAAUUGACUAGGGCUGAUUUACGAACAGAAAAAUGUUAAAAAAUGUUUUUUUAAACAUUUGAAAAGCUUCUGGAGUAAUUUCUGAUGAAAAAUGACUUUCCAAAAGUUUUUGCUGAUUUUUCGUAAAAUAAAAAUUAUUUUUUAUUUUGAUGAAGGUAAAGUAGGGUUCUCGAAACUUAUUUUCAUUGAAAAUUACUCCAAAAGCUUCAAAAAUCUCGGUUUGUCAUGGCUGAAAAACUCGAAAAAACUAAUUUUUUGUUCAUGAAUUAGCCCUAUUUUUCAAGACUCUUCAAGUUUUUCUUGAAAUCCUAGGUUUUUUCUUAAAAUCCUAGGUUCGUUCUCAAAAUAUGUUUCAUCUAGGGAUUUUGGAUAAAAUUAGCAUAUAGAUCAAACAAAUUAUGAUUUCUGAAUAAAAUUAUGCAUUUUCCUGCUUAGAUUUUUCUAGUCUGACCUAGUUUGACCUAGUCUAGUUUGAUCACUAUAUUUUUCUGGAAUCUCGCCCAUUUUUUUUCAAAAUUCCUUUGUUAUUUUUUUCUCCGAUCAAUUUUUUUCAAAUUUUCCAGUCAGUUUGUUUGAUUUGCCCCGUCUCUUUUUCUGUUGGUUUUUCAGAUUUUCUGAAAGUGUUCCUUUAUUUUUUCUCAAAACUUUGAUCCAUCGGAAAAUUCCCACGAUUCAACUUGAAUCUAUUUAUACCUCGCACAUCCAUCUCAACCAAACAGAGAAAAACUACAACAAAAAAAUCAUAUUUUUUCCCGCCAAAAAGAGUAAAUAAACACAAUAGCAGCACAAAGAAAAAGGCACAUGAGAAGAUUUUUUUAUUUGUUACUCUAGUCACAGCCAAAAUUUCAGUGUUUGCCAAUAGUUUUCACGUCAACUUUUUGUGUCAAGUGACGAUUAUUGAUUGAUUUAUUCCAUUUUUUUUUCUCUUUGCAGUUGACGCAACAGCGGCUGGUUCGGGAAAUUUGGAAAUUAUGAUCAAUGGCGGCCGAGUGCCAUGUCGAGUUCGAGAACUCGGAAGUCGACAGUAUAUGGCGAUUUUUACACCGACACAGGUAGGGGGGUUUUUUUUUAAAUUUGAAUAUUCUGAAUCUGAAAAAUUUUCAGUCGAUCACACAUACCAUCGAAAUGCGAUUCAAUGGUGAACAUGUUUCGGGAAGUCCGUGGAAAUUAGCAGUUGAAGAUCGAGGAGAAAAACGACAAGAUAUGGAAAAGUGAGGGUUUUUGAGAGUAUUUCUGAAAAAAAACAAAGCUCUGAUUCCUGAAAUCGAAAUUCUGUAUCAAAAAUUUAAAAAAAAAAUACAGAUUAUUAUUAUUCUGAUUAGAGACUAUGUAAAAGUGAGAGAGUCUAGACAAAAAUUUAUUUUUUUAGGGUUUCAAUUGGUUCACUGACAAAUUUUGAAACUACUUUUGAAAUAAUUUUUAUUUGAUCAUAAUUUUUUGGGCAUUCUUGGCAAGUGAACUGAUGUGAUUUUUUUUUCAAAAAUAUGUGCAGGCUUGAAAAAUAAUUUCAGUCAAUAAUAUUUUUACCAUUAGAGUAGAAAUAUUUCCCGCCAAUCCUCCAAUUUUUCUUCCAGAACCAUGUCUUAUUAUUCCGAACUCUCUGGACCUGGACUAGUUCGAGCUCCCAUCAACCGAACCGCACAUUUCGACAUCACCGGAGAAGGUCUCGAACUUUCCGACAUUCAAGCAAAAGUUUUUGGACCCGACGGAAGAGAGUUCCCAAUUCGAAUCAUUCCAAGAUCUUCGGGAAAAUAUACGGCUGAAUAUACUGUUGAACAGGUAUGAGAUUUUGAGAGAGAUCCCUUUUUUUUGAACAGUUUUUUUCAUUUUCUUAAAUUGACGAAACAUUUUUUACACAAAAAAAACAACCACAAUUUGAUUUGACAAGAGAAACAAAACGAAACUGUUGGUAAUUUAGGUCUUGUCUCGCGUAAAACCGGUUUUUUUCCAGUUGAAAAUCGAUUUUUCUAGGUCGGUGAACAUCAGCUAACUGUUUGGAUUGCUGGAAGAAAAGUCGAUGGAUCACCAUUAUCAGUCGCAGGUUUGGUUUGCUAAUAAAAAACAUGAAAAUAGUAUUGAAAUUUGAUAGGUUACGCGACAGAAAAGGUCAAACUUGAACCAUUGGGAGGCGGAGUGCCGAAUCAACCAGUACAGUUUUACGGUAAGUUGAUUUUCGCUAACUCGCAAAAAGAGAGAGAGUGAGAGAGACGUAGAGAAAAAGUGGCAACAGCAACAUACAACAAAGACUAGUUUUGUAUUCCCAAAAAAGGGUGAUUGUUGAAUUUUUGAGCGGGAAGAAUGGGUGAAAAUAACCCGGACCCCAACCCAAAACCACAAUACUAUUCACAACUUUAUGUGAUUCCUGCAGUUGAUGCUGUCGAAGCUGGCAAAGGACAAUUGGAGAUAUCGGUGAAUCAGGGAAGAGUGCCGAAUAAUGUGCAAAUGCAAGGAGCUGGAAGGUGAGCGGGGUUGGAAUUUUCAAGAAUUUUGAUUAGAUUUUCUCUAACUUUAUGCGCAAAACCUUGCAAUUUAACAAAAAUAAAUCAAAAGUUUCAAUUUUCGAAAUAUUUUUUUCGGUAAAUGUUUUGUGAUCAAAAAAAAGUUUGAAAAAAAAUUUUAAAAAAAUAUUUUGGUGUCAAAAUUAUCGCUGUAACAUGAGCAAUGCGAAUUUCUCCAAUUUUCUUGUUGAAAAUAAACCUCUAAGUUGAGAUAUCUCGACGACAAACUCUCGAAGACAAGUGUCAAAUUGGAGCUCUUAACAUGAGCAAUCCAUAUUUAACCCCAAAAAUUUUGGUUUUUCAUAUUUUCAAAAUCAACUCCUGAAUUGAAUUUUAGGUGACGAAAAAAAUGAAUUCCGAUAAAUUCGCAUAUUUAUUUUAAAAAAAGAACUUUUCAUUUGUUGAUGAAGUCUUGAUAAGAAGUUUUCAAAAUUCUAACAGCUUCUAAAUUCUCAUUUUUUCAGAUGUCUAGUGACAUUCAUCCCUCAACACGCUGGCACUUAUGUCAUCGAUGUCACAUUCAAUGGUGAACAAGUUCACGGUAAGUUGCCAACAAAAAAAACCAAAUAGGAUUACUCUCACUCUCACUUUUCUCUCCAGGUUGCCCGAUAAAAGUCGAGAUUCUACCAAAACAAGUGGGCCAACAAAUUCACGCCAAUCUCACACCAACCGCCGUUUCAACCGCAAUUUCUGCAGGUUUGUACUAUUUUUUUUUCAUAAAUUAAUAUACAUGGUCGAUGAAUUUUGAAUCAAAUUAUCGUAUAUACAACUAACUACAUUUAUAAUCCAAAUAAUCCUUGCGUCGCUCAUUUUUGUUCGCCAGGGUCGGGUUUAUGCAAAUAAUUUUGUUUGUUAGCGAGGGGAAAUGUAUAAAUAAAUUAUAGGAGGAACUUCAUCAAUCGCUGGAACAUUUAGACAACAUGAUUCAAGAUCACCAGCAACGUCACCAACUUAUAUUCAACAACAUUCGAGAGAUCGAAGUGAAGAAUCUGCGUUGAGAAGUAGUCCAAGAGAAUCCAGAAAACCAUGGCAAACUGUAAGAAAAAUUUCCCACAAAAAUUAAUCAAACCGUUUUUCUAGACCUAUGCUCCAACAUCAAGUCGCAACGCAUUCUCCCAAUCACCACAUCGUGAUUGGAGUGCAACCACAAUCUAUGAUCGAGUAUACGGUAGUUCUAGCGAUAUUGAUCGGACAUUGUCUCCAAGCGAUCCAUCUAGAAGACAUAAUAUUCGGGAGACUACCACAGUUAUUCAUCGAACACCUUCACCAACUGGUUUGAGGUAUGUUUGUGCAGCAGGCAGAGCAAAACGUGUGAAUUAACACAAUUGAACUAACAGAUCGCACCAAGUCACCGAAACAAUAACUCGCACCACAUCACCGCCAGCAUAUGGAAGUGUUAGGUAAAUGAAAAUGAAUUGAGAGCAUUUUGGAGAGCUAUAGGUUUCUGGGUAGAAAAAAUCAACACAGCUUUCGAAUAGUUUUGAAGCUCACAGAUAAAAUUUUCAAUGCAGUUUUUAAAAUAAUUUAAAACUGGAGUCUGAAUGUGAGCAAAAAAAAUUAUUCUCAUUUAAAAGAGCAUGUUCUAAUUUGUAAAAUCAUCGAAGAUGUUUUUCUCAAAGCUUCGCAAACAUUAGUUCAAAAAUUUCGAAAUUCAAAAAAAACAGUGAAACACCGUGUAAAAUGGCUUGAAAGUCUAGAUGUACAGUAGUUGGGAGCUGUUUUUCUCCGAUUUUUAUGAAAAUUUCUCAAUGGAUGUUUUUUACCAGGAGAAGAACUGAACCUUCAAAGGGCUGAUUCACGAACGAAAAAAUGUUUUAAAACAUGUUUUUGACAUCGAAAUCAAUUCACGAAAAGUCAAAAAAUGUCGAAAAAACAUUGUAGGUCAAAAUUAGUUUUUUGAGUUUUUCAGCCAAAAAUGAUGACAAAUCAAAAUUUUUCAAGCUUCUAGAGUGACUUCUGAUGAAAAUAAGCUUCGAGAACCCUAUUUUGCUUUAUUUUAUGAUUUUUUUAGAAAUUCAUCAAAAUUUAAAAUUUUUUUAUUUUACGAAAAAUCAGCAAAACCUUCUGGAAAGUGAAUUCCAAGGUCAAUUUUAAUCAAAAAUUACUCCAGAAGCUUCAAAAAUAUUGAUUUGUCAUCAUUUUUGGCUGAAAAACUCGAAAAACUAAUUUUGACCCACAAUGUUUUUACGACAUUUUUUGACUUUUCGUGAACUGAUCUUUCGAUGUUAGAAAAACAUUUUUGAACAUUUUGUUCGUUCGUGAAUUAGCCCUAAUUAAGACUGAUUCAAUAGAAUAAAAAUAUAUUCGAAUGUUUUUAUAGAAACAUUUCAAAAGUUCGCAUUUUGAACAAAUUUUUAAAAAACCCGAUUCGAUUUAUUAUCACAAAAAAUAACUAGAGUGUUUUUCUAACUCUGUACCAUUUCCACCCAUUAUUUUAAUUCUCUGUAAACUUCUAGCUGUCCAAUAAUCCGUGUUUCUAGAACUCAAGAAUUCGCUGAACGAAUAGCUCGCUCACCAUCGCCAAAAAUCGGUUAUGAACGAGAAUUUGUGGAGAGACGAACAACAAUCAGGUACUUGUACUAAUUAAUUGUUUUCUUUUUCACCUCCCACUUACUUUUCACUACACAACAACACAAAUCAAAUUGAAAUAGCAUUGACAAAGGAAACAAUAAACGUUUUAGGUCACCAUCUCCUGGUCGAACAUCAAGUGUCGCACAUUCACAUAUUAGCGAAGCUCCACUUUCACCAAUUCAAGGUGUUGAUGCACCAUUUGACAGCAGUGAUCGAUUGAGAAAAGUUGAAAAAAUGGAUCCAGUUGGAGAUGAAGAGGAAAGAGAGCGUCGAAGAUGGGCUCAAGAAAAGAACAGCAAGCUCGGCUACACUGUAGCGCAAUAUGGUGGAGAUCGAGGAACUCCAGAAAAACGAUACUUUGGCGACACCCUCGAGCGACCUGUCUCACCGGAAUAUUCGACAGUUUAUGAGAGAUAUGAUCGACAACCACCAAAGCAAACUGAUCCAAAAGUUGAUGCUCAUAUUUCGGCGAGCUACAAGGGAUAUGAACCAGUUUAUUCGGAGAUUACCACGACGAGAACGACUACAACUACAGAGUAUGAGAAGAAGCCGGAGGUGCCGAAAAGAGCGGCGACACCUGAAGGUUUUGUUGAGUCGGUGAAGGAAUCGGUUAAGGAUAAGAGAGGCGAUUUUACAAGAACUCAAUCGGAGGUUUGUCACGAUUUUUAAAAUUCAAUUUUUUUUUCUAGAAUUUCGAUUUGAAUUUUUGAAACAUUCGAAAUACUUUGAGAAAAAUUCGGAAAUUGAAAUAACAUAUUUUCUAGAAAAACUGAAAAUCAAAUUUUGUGUUUUGAAAAAAAUUUGGAAUAAUUUCUGAAACAUUUAAUCUGAUGUUCAUUCUUGAGCUUUAUCUUCUCAACAUUUUCAACGUCAAAUUCCCCAAUCAUAUUUUAUUUCUUCAGAAAAUCAUCGAACGAGUUGAUAACCCAAUCCAUCGCUCCGACGAAAAAGAAUCAAUCUACGAUCUUCCACCACAAGAAAAUCUCGAAAGACAGCCAGAAGUUCCACUCACCAAACUCUAUCAAAAAGGAACUGCUGAAGACAUCAUCGACAAUUCAUCAUAUGUCAGAGGCGCUAAAAUCUCGGACGAAUCUGCUCCAAAAAUUGCUUUGACAGACGAUGAACUUCGUCGUGAAAAAGAGCAUUAUGUGAAAUUCCACGAUUCAAAGGUUAGAUGUCCAGAUGGUCCAGAAAUUUCACUUGAUGAUGCUGAACUUCGCAAACAAAAGGAUCAUUAUAUCAAACAUCGUGAAGAAAUUGAGAAUAAGAUCGAGUUUCCACCAGAGGAUGCUGGGGAUAAUAAGUUGAUUUAUCUUCGAACCAAAAAUGAUGAGACACCUUGCCCACCACCACCAACUGUUAGUGAAGAAGAGCAAGCUAGAAGACAAGCUGAAUAUUUGAGAGUGAAAGAGGAGGAUGAUAAAAUUCUCAUGCGACAUGGAUUCACCAGAAAGAAUGAGUGAGUUUCUUAAAAACGUUUAUUUUUAUCGAUUAAAUUUUUUGUAGACCAUCAAUCGAGAUUCAAGAACCAGUCACUGAACCGAUCCGCGAUGACGUUGUUGAAACCGCGCGUGCUCCAGAAAUUGCUCUCCGACCAACUGAAGAACUUCCAGUAUCACCAGUCCCAUCGACAAGAUCAACACCAGCCACAACUCCAAAAAUGUCAUUGAAAUUCAAAAAAGAUGGAAAGGAGCCGAAACCAUUUGAUUUUGGAAAAAGUAAAUUUACUUGUAAACAUGAUGUUAUUAAAAGAGGAAAAGAGGUUGAAGUCAAAUUGGAAGGUUUGAAGAUUGGAAAAAGAAGAUCAAUUGAGAGUUGUUGUUUUGCGUGAGUUUUGGGGCGGGGAUUUUUUGAAUUAUAUAAUUUUUUGUGAAAUUUCUAGUCCAACCAAAAUGUUUCCAGCACCAGCCAACAAAACAUCUAGCCCAGCUCAAAACGGCGGACCACCAGCCGAAAUCGAAACCAAGGUCAAAAAAUCCAGCAGCAAAUACGAGAUCUCCUUCAAACCCACCGAUGUUGGAACUCACAAAAUCUUCGCCUAUGUCAACGAAAUUCAACAUCCACUCUCACCAUUUGCCGUCAGAGUUUAUGAUGCUUCAGAAAUCAUCGUCGGAGAAAUUCCACAUCAAUCACAUUUGAAUGAUACUGUUGAAUUUACUGUUGAUGCUGGUCGAGCCGGUUUUGGAAAUCUUGAAAUGGCUAUUAAAGAUGCGGAUGGUGUUAUUAUUCCAUCACAUGUUGCUCAACUUGAGAGUGGAUCAGCCAAGUUUUUGGUCACUUUCACACCAGCCACCAAAGGUCCACACACAGUCAACAUCACCUUCAAUAAGGAAGUUCUCAAACGUAAGUUUCUGAUUUUUUCUUUUGAGUUUACAUAAGUCCUCCUGUUUCAGAUUCACCAUUCGAGGUAAAUAUCAUUGAUGCGCCACAACCUCCCCCACCACCGCCAGCAAUUGUUAGCCAAGAGAACGUGAUUGCUUCGCCAAGUUUGAGCAAGAAGGAGUUGAAAGAGCAAGAGAAGGAGAAAAAGAGAGAGGAAAAAGAAAGAGCCAAACGGGAGAAGGAAGAAAGAGCAACUUUGAAAAAGGAGAAAAAGGUGAGAUUAAUAUGGGUGGUCAUUGUGGGAGGUUAUAUCUAGAAAUACUCUAUAACUAUUUUGACUCGCUUACAGAAAAUUAUGAUUCAAUUUUUUGUUUUUGAAAUUUCUGGACAACAAAAAAAGUUUUGACGCCAAAAUCUAAUAAGAUUUCCCUACAACAUUUUUCAAAACUUUCGCUCAAAUCAGACUUUUUUUUUUUGAAAACUAAAAGACUUUCAGUAACCCACAACUAAAAUAUUCCAGAAAUUUCUAGAAUCCAGAUCUUUUUCAAAAGUUUUGACGCCAAAACACGCCUGACAAGACGUGUCCAAAAAAGGAUACUGUACAAAAAUUUUCAAAUAAAAAUUUUGGAAUUUUUCUCUCUCGCCAAGUGUGCUCCAAAAUCUAAUGUUUGAAAAAAUUUUUCAUAAAAAAUAUAGUAACCCAAACUUUUUUAACAAAUAGAAAAACGUAAUUAUUGUCAAUCCGGAAGAAAAAACCCCUGUUUAAAUUGCCGUUCACGUACAGUAGACUAAAAAUGACAUGCACAUCAAACUGGUUGGCAAAUAGCCAGCGGGUAAAUUUUCGCAAAGUCUACAGUAGUCUUGGUUUUCUCCCGAGGUUCUUAUUUUUUACACAAUUUCCACCCACUUUUGCUAGAAAAUCCUCAUAUUUUCCUUUGAACCUACCCACUUCUAUCUCAUCCCUUUCCCAAACUAAAAUUAUCUCAAGGAAAUUGGUUGCCUAUGCAUUCAUUAAAAAAAGGUAUCAUGUUUUUUUUGUGUAGUCUGUGAUUCGAUUUUUUUGGUGUGUCGUUUGGUUUCUUUUUUCUCAAAACAGAAAAACCAAAACAGUUUUCAUAUAAAUUUAUAUAAUAUAAACCAAAUGAAUUUGGCCUUGACAAACAAUGGUUUUGCAUGUGUGUUUUUCUUUAUCUCAUUCUAAUUUCCAUUGAUUUUUUCUUUCAUUUUAUGUCAAUCCAACAUUGUUUUUUUUUUCUUGCAGAACAAGUCGAGUCAUCGAUUCCCAUCGAAGACGACCGUUUCGAAAAUUCCAUCUUUGUCGCGUGUCGGACAACCGUCUUCUUUGGUUGUUGAAGUUUCGGGGCAUGAUCAACUCGAGAUCAGUGUUCUAGGUGAGUUUGCGCAAUAUUUUCAGAUGAGCAAAAAUAUUUUCAGAUUGAUAUUUUUGAAAUAGAAAUAAGUACUAACUAUUCUAGCAUGUUACUAACCAAAAUUUUUUUGGAUUGGUUCCAGAAAACAAAAAAAACUUCAAAUUUGACCUAACUGAUUUUUUCCAGACAAUAAGAAAAAUGAGAUUGGCACUGAAAUCGUAGAGAUCGAACCAGGACAUAUGCAAAUUAAUUUCACACCUGCUCAAGUUGGAGAUCAUGAAAUAGAUGUUAGAUAUGGCGGAGUUCCAGUAACUGGAUCCCCCUUCACAUGUCGUGCUUAUGAUCCAGCCAAGAUUCAAGUUGGAGCAAUUCCAAAAGGAAUGUUGGAUAAACCAGUGUACUUCACUGUCGAUGCUUCCGAAGCUGGAGUUGGAAAUCUUGAAGUCGCAGUUUGUGAAGGUCGUGUUCCAUCAACGGCUCAUGCUUUAGGACAUCAUAAAUAUGACAUCAGUUUUGUGCCCAAGGAAAAUAUUGAUCACACAAUCACAGUGAGAUUCAAUAAUGAACCAGUCCCCGGUUCACCAUUCAUUUGUGAACUUGUCGCAACUACACAAGCUGUUGCAUCUGGACCAGGUCUUGAAAGAAUUCCAGUCGAUGAGCCAUCCAAAAUCGAGAUUCAAACUGAUCGUAAAGAUGUGACCCCGGAUAUUCGAGUUCGUGAUCCACAAGCGAAUUCACUUCCAGUUAACGUUACAAGAAGUAAAUCUGAUGAGACUUUGCAUAUCGCAACCUACACUCCAAAAUGUGUCGGAAACCAUCAAAUCGAUGUUUCGAUUGAUGGCGAACCAAUUGUUGGAUCGCCAUUCACAGCAAAAGCAUUUGAUGCGAGAAAAGCUAUCUUGACCCCACCACAAAGUGCAGUUGUUGAUAAACCAGUCACUUUUAUGAUUGAUGCUGCUCGCGCUGGAGCUGGAAAUAUGGAAAUCAUUGUCUCUGUCGAUAAUCAUAAUGUUCCAAAUUUCGUACAAGCUGAAGGACAAGCACGAUUCAAAGUAUCGUUCACACCACUUGAAGCCAAACCUCACGUGAUCAGCGUCAAAUUCAAUGGCUUCGCAAUCCCCGGCUCACCGUUGGAAUGCGAUGUUCGAAGCGCAAUUGCGACUGGUGUUGUCGCUGGAACUGCAACAACGGCUGGAAUUGCUAGCGCUGUUGCUGCACACGCACAUCAGAAAACUAAAUCAUCGGAAUUGCAACAACAGCAACAGCCACAGAAAGUUGUGAACACUGUUCUUCAAAAAUCGCCAGAAAUCAAGGAGGUUCAAGAGAAGACUGGUCUUGCUAGAGAAAUUCAAUCAGCACAAGUGAGUUUAGGGCUGAUUCACGAACGAAAAAAAUGUUUAAAAAUGUUUUUUUAACAUCGAAAGAUCAAUUCACGAAAAAACAUUGUAGGGCAAAAUUAGUUUUUCGAGUUUUUCACCCAAAAAUGAUGACAAAUCAAUAUUUUUCAAGCUUCUGGAGUAAUUUCUGGUGAAAAUAAGCUUUGAGAACCCUAUUUUACUGUAUUUUAUGAAUUUUUUCGAAAUUCAUCAAAAUUUAAAAUUUUUUUCUUUUACGAAAAAUCAGCAAAACCUUCUGUAAAGUGAAUUUCAAGGUCAAUUUUAAUCAGAAAUUAUUCCAGAAGCUUAAAAAAUAUCGAUUUGUCAUCAUUUUUGGCUGAAAACCCCGAAAAACUAAUUUUGACCUACAAUGUUUUUUCGACAUUUUUUGACUUUUCGUGAAUUGAUCUUUCGAUGUUAAAAAAAUUAUUUAACAUUUUUUCGUUCGUGAAUCAUGCCUUCUGGGAAAAUUUUGAAAAAUGUGUUCUUUGGUUAAUCCUUAUCAGAACUUUUUGAUCUAGAAUCAAUAAUUUUGACUCAAAAUUCACAUCAGUUUCAAAAAAAGUUGAGAUAACUUUGAUAAAUAAAUACUUUCAGGUUGGACAAAAACGUGGAUUCACCAUCGACAACAUCAACAAAUCGUCGGAUUGUAACGUCGUGAUCACCGGUAUGUUUUUUGUCUCCCAAGUUUCUAAUAAUUUUUCUAUCGGUUUUUUGGUUUUGCAUUGCGGGGGUUUCUCAUAGCUUUUUUGUGUCCUUGUUGGGUGUUAUGUCCUCUAGUUUUGUGACUGUCUGUGAAUGUUUUGUGUUCUGAAGCUCCUGAUGGAUCUGCGCUUCCGAUCGCGUUGUCAAAAUCAUCAACAUCUGCGUAUGCUGAAUUUACGCCAACUCAAAAAGGCGAGCAUUUUGUGGAAAUAUUUGUGGAUCAGGAGAAGGUUGAUGAAUUUGUGAUGCGAGUUCGAGAUGAGAGACAUGUUUUGCCGAUGGUUUCAUUGGCCGGGCAGAAAUAUUCAUUUGAUGGUAAGUUUAUUGAUUUUUUUUUGUUUUUUUUUAUUAAUCGCUUUUUAGUUGACUCAAAUGAUAAGAAUAAAGUGCGAGUUACGAUUCGAGAACCAUCCGGAAGAAUGUUGCCUGUUCAAAUGGAAGAUCUUACCGAUGGCGGAGUUCGUGUAUCUUGUAGAUUCAAGGAAAUCGGGCCACACUCGAUUGAUGUUUUUGUUGAUGAUGAACCGAUCGGUGAACGUCGAAUUCAAUCAGUGAUUGAUCCGUUGAAUGGAGCACAAUUGGUUUCUGAGCCCAAGCGAGAAAUUGUUGGUGAAAAAACUGAAUUGAAAAUUCUCAUUGAUUCCGGUGUCGAAUCUCAAGUUGAAGUGAUCAUCGAUGGUCCUGAUAGAGAAUUCAAUCAUGUUGAGCUCAAAAAAAUAUCCGAAACUCUUUAUUCAGCUGUUUGGACACCAAAAGUUGAGGGUGAACAUGAACUAUCGAUUUUGGUAGCCGGCGAACAGAUUCCUGGCUCACCAUUUGCGAUUCAUGUUUUGGAUCCGGCUGCAGUUCGAGUAGUCGGACUCAAAAACGCUCCAGUUGGUGUAGAACAACAAUUCAGCGUUGACUACACCAAUAGCGGUGCAGCCUUGGCGUCAGUUGAAGUAACUCAUGGCGAACAAGCGAUACCAACAACAGUGAAAAAAGUCAAACCCGGACUUUUGCUUUGCACUUUCACUCCAACUAUCGAUGGUCCACAUCAAAUUGAGGUCAUUAUUGAUGGUGUUCCUCUAAUUGGUGAGACAUCGAGUUUUUUGUUGAUGAAAAAAAAAUCAAAAAUUGUUUUUACAGAUGGUCCUUAUGAAGUGUUUAUCAGUAAACUAGGAACAGUUCGAGCAUCUGGAGAUGCUCUACGAAAAGCGCAACGCGCUAGAACCGCUAGAUUCGAAAUCAUCAAUUGUGAACAGAAUCGGGGAGAGCUUGAUGUGAUGGUUUCAGGUACCCCCCUCGGAACUUCUCGAUCCCCCACUUACAUGUUUUUUUGUGUUUUGCAUGUUUCUCCUACUAACACGUUUUGGGAAAACUAAUCUAAUAAUAUUUCUCUGUUUCAGAAAAAAUUAAAUGUUUUUUUUCCAGAUCCAAAAGGUGGACCGUUGCCAGUCAGAUGCUAUAAACAACAAGACGAUAGUUAUUGGGUUGAGUUCACUCCAGAACACUUGGGAACUCAUACAAUUGAGGUGACUUUCGGUGAUGUUCCAGUUCCUGGAUCACCAUUCAAGACUGAAGUUGUUGACCCGAAACAGGUUGAGGUUCGAGGUCUUGGAGAGCAGAUUCUUCUCAGACAUGCCACAACUAUUAAUGGUGAGUUUGUUUUUUGAAGAUCUCAACUCAUCCAGGAAAAUAUUUUCCCUUUUAAAAAUAUUAUUUGUUUUCAGUUGAUCGACGAAACGCUGGAACUGGUGAACUUCAAGUCGAGGUCACUGAUCCAAAUGGAACUCAAUUGAAAACCGAAGUUUUGAAAUCGCCAGCUGGUGAAGAUCGCAUCACAUUCUUGCCAAAUCAAACUGGACCACACAAGAUCAAUGUGAAAGUUGCUGGAUUCCAGAUUCCCGGUUAUCCACAAACAAUCAUUGUUAGUGAACAAGAGCGGCCUGGUGUUUAUGGUGCAGCUGUUGAUCAAUCGAUAAAGGUUAAUGAGCCAGCAUCAUUGAUUUUUGAUCCGAAAUCGAAUCACGGUGGUUUGAAAAUUCUUGUAACUGGUCCGGAAAACAACAAAGUUCAUCAUAACGUUAUGCGACGACCAAAUGGAACAUCAGAAGUUGUAUUUUAUCCAGAAGGAGUUGGAGCAUACAAUGUAAGCAUUGAUUUCAACAAUCGUCCGGUAUCUGGCAGCCCAUUCGAAGUGAAUGUUGUUGACGCGACAAAAGUUGUUGUGAAUGAUUUGGAUAUGGAUCGCGAUGGAACCCUUCUUCUUCGACUCGGCCAAUCGAACUCGUUCGAUGUUGACGCGACGGCAGCCGGACCCGGCAAACUUCGCGCGGAAGUUCGGGAUGCUGAUGGUACACUGAUCGGUGAUGGCCCGGCUGUCGAAGAUCUUGGAAAGGGCAAGUAUCGUGUGCGAUUUGAUCCAAGACAGACUGGAAAGUGAGUUUUGUUUUUUGAGAAUUUUUUGAUUUUUCCAAAAAAAAUAUUUUCCAGAUACUCAAUCUAUCUUUUCUGGAACGAGUUGCCAGUUGAAAGUGCCUUCCCUGUCCGUGCCAGAUUCGCCAACUCCUCAAACGUUGAAGAACUCCCAACAACCUCUAGAACUAUCACAACCACCACAACCACCAAAGAACAAACCUCACAACAAUCCACCCAACAUCAUCAAUCCCAACAUUCUGAUGAUGAGAUUAGUCGAGUUAUGAUCAGAGGAGAUGGUCUCCAUCGAGCUGCUCUCAAAGAACACAACGAGUUCAUCGUUGAUGGAAGUGACAUCAAUUCAGAAGGUCGAAUAACAGCAACACUUCUCGGAUCAAAAGCUGAUAUCCCAGUUAGAAUACAACAACUCGGACACAAUGUUUAUAAAGCCACUUAUACACCAUUGACGAGUGGAACUUAUGAAUUACACGUGUUAUGGAAUAAUCGACACGUCAAAGGUUCACCAUUCAAUGUUUCUGCUGACACUUCUUCACAUCCAGCUGAUUUGAUUGGAGUUGAUGCGUCUUCAUUGAAGAUUGGAAUCAUCAAUGAGAACAUCAAGACGGUUAUUGAUACUAGAAGAGCUGGACCCGGACAAUUGUCGGCACAUUGUAUGGGACCGAUGAAGCCAGCUUAUUGUGAAUUGUACGAUCAUCGCGAUGGAACAUAUACACUUUGUGUCAGACCAGCUGAGGUUAGUUGAAUUUUGAAUAUUAGAUGAUCAAUCAAUAAUUUUCAAAAAAAUUCCAGAUCGGAAAGCACACAUUGGUGAUCAAAUACAAUGAUGAACAUGUGAAAGGAAGUCCAUACUUGGUGCAUGUUUCACUUCCACCAGAUCCGUCAAAAGUUCGCGUUUAUGGACCAGGUGUUGAGCACGGCAUUUUGUCAAUGUGAGUUUUGAAUUUGGAUUUCAUCUGUUUUUUCUCUGCGUCUCUGAAAUCCUGAAAAUCUCUAACUGUCUGAAUCUCACUUUCUCUAUUUCUAGUCCUCUGUGCAACUCAGCCUUCUAAUUUAUCUGCGUCUCUAACCUUUACUUUAGAUGUCUAACCAUCUGAAGAACUCUCUGCGUCUCUAAAAAUUUCUAACCGUCUAAAUUCCUCUAUCUUUCUAUUUCUAGUCUUUUUUUCUCUCGCUGUCUGGAAUUAUCUGCGUCUCUUACCUUUACUAUAGAGUCUAACCAUCUGAGGACUCUCUGCGUCUCUAAAAAUCUCUAACGUCUGAGGCCCACUUUCUCUGUUUCUCGUUCUCUCGCUGUCUAAAAUUAUCUGCGUCUCUAACCUUCAUCAUAAACGUCUAACCAUCUGAACUCUCUGCCUCUCUAACAAUUUCUAACCAUCUGAAUUCCACUAUAUUUCUAGUCCCCCCCUUUUUGCUCUCGAUGUCUGGAAUUAUCUGCGUCUCUAACCACUAUGAACUUGCAAAUUCCAGGUUCAAAUCGAACUUUGUUGUCGAAACGCGCGGCGCUGGAGCCGGUCAACUCACCGUCCGAGUGCGUGGUCCAAAAGGCGCAUUCAACGUCGAAAUGCAACGAGAAAAGAAGAACGAACGAACCAUCCACUGCAAAUACGAGCCAAAAGAGCCGGGAGACUAUCAAGUCGAGGUGAAAUGGCACGGUGAACACGUUCCCGGUAGCCCGUUCCUCGUCAUGAUUGUCGACACCGAACAAGAGCUCUCACGAUUCCUUCGAGGAGAAGCGCCGUCGCCAACACCAGCCACGCCCUUCAUCCCACCAGGAUGGGUUGGACCACCGCCACCAAUGUUCCAUAUGCCACCAGGCCAAAGACCUCCAGGUUUCGGCUCGCCGAUUGGUGUACCAAUGCUACCAUAUGGAGCACCCCCACCGCCAAAACAUAAGGGAAGAAAUCAUUAG